AUGGUUCAAGAUAUCGAUCAAUUAGCCAUUGCUACAAUCCGCUUGUUGUCUGUUGAUGCAGUUCAAGCAGCCAAUUCAGGACACCCAGGUGCCCCCUUGGGUUUAGCACCAGCCGCUCAUGCUGUUUGGAAACAAAUGAAGUUCAAUCCUAAAGAUACCGAAUGGAUUAACAGGGAUAGAUUUGUUUUAUCCAAUGGUCAUGCUUGUGCCUUAUUGUACUCAUUAUUGCACUUGUAUGGGUAUGAUUUGAGCAUUGAAGACUUGAAGCAGUUCAGACAAUUGAACUCCAAAACUCCUGGUCAUCCAGAGCGUCUUCAUACUCCAGGUGUCGAGGUUACCACUGGUCCAUUGGGACAAGGUAUUUCAAACGCAAUUGGAAUGGCUCUUGCCCAAACCCAAUUAGCUGCAAAGUUUAACAAACCUGAUUUUAAGCUUAUCGAUUCACAUAUCUUUGCCUUUUUAGGUGAUGGUUGUUUGAUGGAAGGUGUUGCCUCGGAGGCCUCUUCUCUUGCUGGACAUUUAAAAUUAGGUAACUUGAUCGCAUUUUGGGAUGAUAACAGAAUUUCCAUUGAUGGGGAUACCAAAUUUGCAUUUACUGAAAACGUUAUUGAAAGGUAUAGAGCUUAUGGCUGGCACAUUAUUGAAAUUGAUCACGGUGAUACCGACUUAAAGGGUGUUGCAGAUGCCAUCGAGGAGGCCAAGAAGGUAACUAACCAACCAACUUUAAUUAGAUUGAGAACUAUCAUAGGUUUCGGAUCUUUAGCUCAAGGCACUCACGGUGUUCAUGGCUCUCCAUUGAAGCCAGAUGAUGUUAGGCAAUUGAAGGAGAAGAAUGGAUUCAACCCAGAUGAAACUUUCGUUGUACCAAAGGAGGUUACUGAGAGCUUCGAGAAACAUGUUAAAGAGAACCAGGAAGUCGAGAAGGCUUGGAACAAAAAGCUUGAUGAAUAUGAAAAGAAAUAUCCAAAAGAGGGAGCUGAAUUUAAGCGUCGUUUAUCCGGAAAGUUACCUGAUGACUGGAAGAAGGUCUUACCCAGAUUCAGCCCAAGCGAUAAGGCUAUCGCAACUAGAAAGGCAUCUGAAGACGUAUUGAGUAAACUUUAUGAAGUCAUUCCCGAAUUGAUAGGAGGAUCAGCAGAUCUUACUCCGUCAAACUUGACAAAAGUACCAGGAUCUACUGAUUUCCAACCACCAGAUUUGCAAAUCGGUGAUUACGAAGGUAGAUAUAUCAGAUAUGGUGUCAGGGAACAUGGUAUGGGUGCAAUGAUGAAUGGUAUUGCAGCAUACGGUGGUUUCAAGACAUAUGGAGGUACUUUCUUGAACUUCGUUACGUAUGGUGCUGGUGCGGCUAGAUUGUCUGCGCUUUCGAAACUCCCGGUCAUCUGGGUUGCCACACACGAUUCAAUUGGUUUAGGUGAGGAUGGACCAACUCAUCAACCGAUCGAAACCUUAGCACAUUUGAGAGCAAUUCCAAAUAUGUCAGUAUGGAGACCUGCAGAUGGUAAUGAGACCUCUGCUGCUUACGAAAGUGCUAUUGAAUCAACUUUAACACCACAUGUGAUCGCUCUUAGUAGACAGAAUUUACCUCAAUUAGAAAACUCGUCAAUUGAAGCGGCACUGAAAGGUGCAUACACCAUUUAUAAACAAGAUAAACCAGAUGUGAUCAUUGCUAGUUCUGGGUCUGAAGUCUCAAUCUCGAUUGAGGCAGCCAAGAAGUUGGAAGGAAACGGAAUAAAGGCAAGUGUUGUCUCAGUGCCAGAUUUCUUUACUUUUGAUAAGCAAACUCAGGAUUACAGAUUAUCCGUGUUACCAGAUGGUGUACCAAUUUUGUCUGUUGAGGUGAUGUCUCCAUUCGGAUGGUCUAAAUAUUCUCAUGAACAAUUCGGAUUGACCAGAUUCGGUGCAUCUGGUAAAGCUGCUGAUAUUUAUAAAUUCCUCGACUUCACCCCAGAGGGAAUUGCUGACAGGGCCGCUAAGACCGUUCAAUUCUACAAGGGUAAGCCUUUGUUGUCACCUUUGAACAGGGCUUUUUAA